AUGUACUGGAAACGGCUCCAACAUCCUCCCCCAGAUCCUUCUCUUCUAGAAGGGGACGCGUGUGCCCGGGAAAGGCACAGGGAUAGGGCGGGCCAUAAGGAUGGGGACUGGGAGUGGGAGGGCCGGGAGCUGGGCCCGCGCCGGCGGUGCCGCCCCGCCCCGGUAGUGGCGCUGCCGGGCGCCGCUUCCUGUUCCGGGCCGCGCGGCCAUGGCGGCGGCGGCCGCUGCGCCCGGCGGCUGGCGGCGGGGGAGCGUCUUGUGUGUGUGGACAAGAAUGUGGCUUCUCCCAAACUCUACGUCCUAGAGCCAUGGAUUGCUGACCUCUUGGUGAAUUACGAGCAAGUGGAUGAGCGUGAGAAUUACCUGGCUGGGCAGGUGGUGCGGGUCUUGAGUGACUCAGGUGCAGCUGGCCAGCCUGGGCUCCUCCAGGACGCUGUGGUGCAGGUCUCUGACGGAUCCUGCUACAUCCGUGUGGUCAUUACAGCCGAAGCUCUGCAGGCAGAGGAAAACGCCCACCUGCAGCUCAGGCUUUCCAGCCUUAAUUGCAGAAUCAUUGUCCUGCAGAAGUACACGGUGUGUUUUCAGGAGGAGGCCAGGCUGGAGGACUGCGAGUUUUACCUCACGGCCCAGCAGUUCAUCGUGCUGCCCAUGCAGAGGCAGAGGAUGGAAUCAUCUGAUGGGAACCAGGACCCCUCUGUGAUGAAGAAGAUAAAGGAGCUCUGGCUGAGGAAUCUUGCUGUGAGGAAUGCUCCCAGCUCAGAGCCCUCUGUCUCUCAGCUGAUUGAUGCCAUCGGACAGAACCAGCUAGAGAUUUUGAAGGAAAAUGCUGAGGAAUGCUUGGAUUUACGGAAAUCAAAGGAGAAGCCAGGGACAGUGGAGGACGAGGUUCCCAUCACCCAGUGGGAGGCAGAGCGCAAGAAGGAGCAGGGUGAGGACGUUUUCAUGGCCCCAGUCAGUGCCCUGGUGAUCCCUCCUGAGGAGGAGGCAGUUGUUUGUGACUCUUCCGAGGCAGUGUCUGCAGGGUACACAGAUACAAGCCAAGCAGCUCCUGGAAAGAGUAGUGAUGACAGGACAGUGCCAGGAGAGCCGAGUGUUGUAUCUCAAAUCAGCUCCUGUCUCCAUAGCAGCAGUGCUCCAGCCCUUGGAUCGUCCUCAUGGCCUCCUAUGAAUGCUCCAGAUCCCAUCCAGCCUUUAGUUUCCUCUACAGUUGGCUCAGCCCAUCUCCCUGGAUUGAGUGGAGGAGGUGCCGCAUCACCGACCUUGUCAGAUAGCCUGGAGGGAUCCCUGGACAACCCCUGGAACGGGAUGCCCUCGUUGUCUUUGACCCCAAGCUCUUCAGAUGAGAAGACCUUUCAACCUGACCCUCACCUGAAGACCCAGAAAGAUGUGGCUGCUGACAGCAACACCACUGACCUGUUGGAAGUGUGUAGCCAGAGCUCUCCUGAGGGCUCACCCCAGGGAGGGCCAGCACAGACCUCCUCUCCCUCCCUGCUCCGCUGCUACAGCAAUCCCAGUCCAGCAGAGAUCAGCACCAGUGAGGCAGCAUCAGCUGCAGAGGCAGCCUGGGGUGCCCUGUGUGCUGAUCAAAGCCUGCAGCGAUCCAGGGGCUCUCAGGCCACCCUGCCCACUCUUUCUCCAGUUUUUCCAGUCUUGCCCAGCAGUAGCUUGCAAUCGCCACCUGGCAGGAUUCCUCACAGGGAGCAGGCCUGCUCCAGUGGCACGGCUUCCUCUACAGAGGCGUUGAAGCCUGGACUGGCUCAUGCCAAGACAAAGGGAGGAGGGACUGUGGGUGCCAAGAGGAAGGUGGUGGAGGAAGAUGAGCAGGCCUCCAGUGGGCAGCAGCAUCUCCCAGGCACCUCAAAGCACAGGGGGAGAGACAAAGGCAAGAGAUCGGUGCUCAUGAGCUCACAGGGUGCAAAGAAGAGCAGAAAGGAGACAGGGCUGCAGCGUAGAAAGAAGUUUGAGGAGGAAGAGAAAGAGGAGGAGGAGGAGGAAGAGCAAGCAUCCCCUGCAAGAGCUGGGCCCAGCUCCAGACCAGAGCAGUGCAGAGCUCCAGAGCCGUUCGUGGAGAGACCAUCCCAGUACCAGUACGAGGCACCGAGCCCCGAGCUCUGCCAGCAGGUACAAUCUAUCAGGAUCUCAAAGGCAAUGCUGAAGUGGGCAUGCUGGAUACUGGCUGAGGAGGAGGACUCCUGAGCCCAUCUUUCAUUCCUUUGUUUCUUCAAUGGGUUUGUGAAAACACUAGGAAGAGUGGUUGGGGGAGGGAUGUGGGGAUACCAGAAGCUCUGUGCCCCAGGAGACUGCUGAAUGGGCUGGGCUGGCCUGGCUGCAGAAACUCUGGUUCCAGGGGUGCUGGCACAUGACCUGUUGAAAGCCAAUACCCUCAGUGCCAAGAGGGGAGAAAAGCAUUCAUUCAGGCAUGCCUAUAUGUGAGCCAGCAUCCCUCUCCCAUCUCUUCAUCCUUUUCAAAUGCCUUGUCCCAGCAAGUGGGGACAAGAGGUGACCCAGUGCCACCAUAGCAGCAAUGGCAGAGGCCCCACAAGCUGAUCCUGUUCUGAAGGUACCCCAGGAGCUUGGAUGGUUUAUUGAAUAAGUUUGAGUUGGGUCCUGCACUGUUUAUUACAAAAAAUAUCCCGCAGGGUUAUGCUGUAGAAAUUAAAAAUUGUAUAUUUUUUAAAUACACAGCUCUUGUAUUAAAAAAAAAAAAAAGAAAAAAAGAAAAAAAAAAACCAAAA